ACGCUCCCAUAUUCUGAGCGAGCAUUUUCCGAAAGUCAUCAUCAUCAGCAGCAUAGGAUCGAAUCUUGUAAAUUUUGUUCUAAAAAACGAAGUUUUUCCUGUGAAAAUAAACGCACCAGGUUCACAUUAGUUUGUUUUGAUAAAGUUUUCUCAAAAUGGCUGGAACACUGGAAGAUAAAUCGAUCUGGGAAGAUGGCGAGGAAACAUUGGGCGAAGAGGUUCUGCGGAUGCCCACCGACGAAAUUGUUAGCCGAACGCGUUUGAUGGACAACGAAAUCAAAAUCAUGAAGAGUGAGGUCAUGCGAAUUACCCACGAGCUACAGACCCAGAAUGAGAAAAUUAAGGACAACACCGAGAAGAUAAAAGUCAACAAAACGCUACCCUAUCUGGUAUCGAAUGUGAUUGAGCUGUUGGAUGUCGACCCGCAGGAGGAGGAAGAUGACGGUGCGGUGGUGGUGCUGGAUUCACAGCGGAAGGGUAAAUGUGCCGUUAUUAAAACUUCUACGAGACAAACCUAUUUUCUGCCGGUUAUCGGACUGGUGGAUCCGGAGAAGCUGAAACCGGGUGAUCUGGUGGGUGUCAAUAAGGAUUCGUACUUGAUUUUGGAAACCCUUCCAGCCGAGUACGAUGCCAGGGUAAAGGCAAUGGAGGUUGACGAGAGACCGACCGAGCAGUACUCGGACAUUGGUGGGUUGGAUAAGCAGAUCCAGGAGCUGAUUGAAGCGGUUGUCCUACCGAUGACGCAUAAGGAGAAGUUUAAGAAUUUGGGGAUUCAGCCGCCGAAAGGGGUGCUGCUGUAUGGACCGCCGGGAACCGGCAAAACGCUGCUAGCUCGAGCUUGUGCAGCUCAGACAAAAUCUACUUUUUUGAAACUGGCCGGGCCGCAACUUGUGCAGAUGUUUAUCGGCGAUGGCGCCAAGUUGGUUCGCGAUGCAUUUGCUUUGGCAAAGGAAAAAGCGCCGGCGAUUAUUUUCAUUGACGAAUUGGACGCCAUCGGUACGAAACGUUUCGAUUCGGAAAAGGCGGGUGAUCGUGAGGUACAGCGAACCAUGUUGGAACUACUGAACCAGCUGGACGGGUUCAGUUCCACUGCCGAUAUUAAGGUAAUUGCUGCGACCAAUCGGGUGGACAUUCUGGAUCCGGCACUGCUUCGAUCCGGUCGGCUGGAUCGAAAAAUUGAAUUUCCACAUCCAAACGAGGAAGCCCGGGCCCGCAUUAUGCAGAUCCAUUCGCGCAAGAUGAAUGUCAGUCCGGACGUUAACUUCGAAGAGUUGGCCCGUUCGACGGACGACUUCAACGGGGCACAGUGUAAGGCGGUUUGCGUCGAAGCCGGUAUGAUUGCACUGCGACGUUCGGCGGUGGCCGUAACCCACGAAGACUUUAUGGACGCCAUCAUGGAGGUGCAGGCGAAGAAGAAGGCCAAUCUGAACUAUUAUGCUUAGGCGGGAGGGUUGGCGAUCUGCGUGUUUUUUUCUCGCUUCCAUGUAGCUUGUGUUGCAACAUGAUUAAUUUAGUAAUAAACUUGCGUCUGUAAAACGAAA